GGAAGUAGUCUCAGUAGGGAGAGAAGCUGGAGGUCGAUGGACAUUUUAAUGUAUUGCAACCUAGUGUUAUAAGAUCGGCUAUGUAAAUGUCAUAUGGAAUGUCUAAUUGUAUUGGAAGCUGUCUUUCAACAUAAGCUUGGUCUGUGAUGUCAGGGGAGGACAUUAAAGUCACUGGUGGAUAAAGACGUCACACACUGUUCUGUAUUUUCCUGACCUAGGCUUAUGAAUGUCCCGAACACUGACAGCUAUGAGCGACAGCACAGUGACCAGUGGCCAGCAGCAGUGGUCGGGGCCCGGGCAGAUGUCACAGCCUUUCCGGGGCCCCUAUAUCUCAGUCAUCACCAACAGGACUACCAACCUGGUGAUCCGAGGGGUCAUGCUGUUUACCGUGGGUGUCUUUCUGGCCCUGGUGCUGAACUUACUUCAGGUGCAGAGAAAUGUCACCCUCUUUCCACCUGAUGUCAUCAGCAGUAUCUUCUCUUCAGCCUGGUGGGUGCCGCCCUGCUGUGGCACAGCCUCAGCGAUGAUUGGGUUGUUGUACCCCUGUAUCGACAACCGUCUGGGUGAGCCACACAAGUUCAAGCGGGAAUGGUCCAGUGUGAUGCGCUGUGUGGCUGUGUUUGUGGGUAUCAACCACGCAAGUGCUAAAGUGGACUUUGCCAACAACGUCCAACUGUCUCUGACUCUGGCGGCGCUCUCCAUUGGUUUGUGGUGGACGUUUGACCGCUCCCGCAGCGGCUUUGGCCUGGGAAUCAGCAUCGCCGUGUUGGCAACACUGGCCACUCAACUCCUGGUUUAUAAUGGAGUCUUUCAGUAUACUUCUCCAGACUUCCUGUAUAUUCGCUCCUGGUUACCUUGCAUCUUCUUUGCGGGGGUUAUAACUAUGGGAAACAUAGGACGGCAGCUUGCCUUGUACGAGUACAAAUUCAUUCAGGAAAAGACCCAUCAGGACUGAGGGAUCUCUCCACCAGGCCUGUGCUCAGAAUGGCAUUGUCUUUGCACCACCUCAAAGCUAGAGGCUGGCUGCUGGAGAACAUCUGCAUGCAGCAUAGGCCAGGACUGGCUGGCCCCCGAAUGAGCCAGACAGUCUUGUCAGUGAGACCUGAGCUCCUGAUUGGCUGCCUGGUGGUUUCCGCUGGACAAGACAGUAUUUUUGAUUGGCUCUUGUCAGGCCAUUCAGAGCUCGAGGUGGCUACUGCCCGGUGACAUUUUAACCUGAGCUGAAUUGAACAAUGAGCGCAGGGUUUGUUGUGUUUUUUUUUUCUUCUUUGGUGCAGUUUAUCUCUUCUUACCUGCAGGGGGGAUUAGUGGCGAAGCAUCUAUCGUUCUUCAGAUCAGCUCCAGUGUUUGAAGGCUUUGGCUCCUUUGUGCCAAACACAGUCACACAGGAGAUCAGUUUUAAAGCCUGCUCUUAUCUCCUGAGUCUUUCACAUCCUUCACGAAUCAGUGGGAAACACACAGCCUAGUUAACGUAUAUCUAAAAAGAUAUGCAUCUGUAUACCACACCUUCUAUUCGAUGAAAUUAGCUUAUAUCUACAGUGAGGUUUGAUAAAGGAAUGAUGAUGUGUACUGCACUGGCUGUGAGGACACAGGGUGUUUGAUGUUCACCUGUAGUGGAUCUCUGACAGCUACACCUGCCCUGUCUGUACAGUAUCAGAUAUGAAGGACAGUGCUUUUUUAUUGAAUAUGUAAAGCUCAGAGCGUUUUGGUUGAAAGUGAAUGGUACAGUUGGAAUAUACGCAGGCUUAGGAAAUUAAGGUCAUCCAUACCUGAACACAGUCUUGAAUAUUAAGCACAAUCAGACUUUUUUACUUUGGUCAGCUUCUGUUGUAGGACCAUUUAUGUAUUUGAUUAGUAGUCUUAAUUUCAGGGGACAAGAUUUAUCCAAAUACACAUCUGUAGCCUUUACAGCUUCCUGGUUAAAAAAUAAAAAAGGGCAACAAGUGGUGUUUGCUUUCCCCAGAGCAGCAGAAAUGCCAAAUUUCCCAACUAUUGUCUUCUUGACUGAAACUUGAUGGGUACCCUUUAUGAACCGUAGCUGUUGAAUACCUAAAAUAUAUGACAGUGGGUAAUUGAAAUCAUUAGGUACAACUUAAAGUAGGACCAAAUAAAGCACCUUGGGUGUGUGUUAAGAUAGUUUGUAUGAUCCUAUGUAACUCACUGCGUUAUCUUAAUAUUUACAGAUUAGCAUUGAACUAACACAACGAACUGACAGUUUGUUAUAGACAAUUUGCAUUGUGUUUUCACUGGGUUACGUAUAGUGUUAUGAGUGUGAGGAAUUUUCAGGAAAAAAAUCCCUUAGGAUCCUGUGUCUGAUGCACACUGGUCUGUCAUGCAUAUAUUCCUUUGUUCUUAGGUUGGUUUGAUAAUUCACUGUUGGUUUGGUAAUUAACUAAUUCACCAUUCAGAGCUGCUGUCCACAAAAUACACCUACACAUCCAGUUUAGCAGUGUUAAAGUCCUCUGUGCAUGCAGUAGGUGGUAUUUGCAUGGGUGGAUUGACAGCCCUCCUGGUAGAAAAUUAUUCAAAAUACAGAAUACAUGGGUCGAGAAUUAAAACAGGGAACCCUUGCGUAUCUGGAAAAGGUGGAGCAUUCAAGGGACAUUUUUAACAUUGGUCUUAUUAGAGUUACAGCACUUAAAUAAACUAUAAAAACAGUGUUAUGUUAUAUUCCAUGACACAGGUUAGAUGAUGUGAAAAAAACAUGAUGGAGAAACCUUUUUAAUGCAUUCUUAGAAGAGUAGUAUAUUUUAUAUCAGCAUUGUAGCAACUGUAAUUUUUGAGAAAUAUGAUAACUUGUUUUACUUCCUUUAGGAUGAAUUGUGUAGUGGUCAAACAGUUCCACUCACUGAAGCAACCUCUGAAACCUGAACAUGUGCAAUUUGUUGGUUUAAUAAAGACUUAAUGGCCAUUUGGUAA